ACGAGUAUAAGUUGCAGUGCACUCUUCUGGCUGUCAUUAUUAUUGAAAAUUGUUUUUUUUUUCUAAAUCUUAAAGAAUAUUAAAUUCUGUAAUUUUGUAAAUGCGAUUAACUUCCGGCGGAACUGGUGGAAAGUGAGAAUACUUCCUAUUCCUAACUUCACAAUCUUCACAGUUCCUAACACAAACAAAACAGCUGAUGUUCAGCAUUGCUUUUUAAGAUAAUUAUAUUGAACAUGGAUUCUGAAAGCGGCCAUAUUAUACCAGAAAAUAGAGAUGAAACAGCAGGGCCUUCCAUUUCAGAUUCUGAAUCUGAGGUUAGGGAGCCUAAUCAAAGUAACAGAAGGAGGUCUAAGAAAAGACAAGAUAGAUGUACUAUUUUACUUAAAAGGCAACGCAAAAUGUUUGAGAAAAUGUUGGAUAUUGCUAUACGCAAGAAAAGGCUGCAACUAGAUUAUAUGAGGAAGGAACUUGAAAUGAAAAGACAAUUACAUAAUUUAAAGAUGCAGAUGUUGAGAAGUGAGCUAGAUUUUAAAAAGAGACUUUUGGCUCUAAUGAAUGUGGAUAUUGAAGACGUUAAUGUGUAAUUGAUAAGUCUAAUGCUUUGUAUUUUGUAAGAUUUUUGAUAAGUAUUGAAUAAAAUGUUUUGUGAUAACAUAA